GCCUCGACUCUUCAGGCUCUCUCCUGGCCCAAGGCUCUCUUGGCCUUAGGCUGUAGGCCUUAGGCUCCCGGCCACAGGCUCCUGGUCUGUGGGAACGCUCCGGCCCGGGAGCUUCCCACGAUACACGCUCCUCCGGCUGCCGGCCGGCCGGCCGAUCGCUCGCCCGACCAACCAACCGACCGACCGACCGACCGACCGACCGACCGACCGACCGAACGAACGUGCGCUUACGGCGCGCGAACUCUAAAAGAGUGGGGGAGAAUUGCCGGGCCCAGCUACCAAUCCGAUGGUGGGACUGAACGUAUAACUACGGCACGCUCGCGCCUAACCAACUCAGAAACGUAACAAACACGGAUGCGUUAACUUCGCUUUCCUCGGCACACCGAGAAUAUACAUACAUAGACACAUACACACUCACACACAUAUAUAUAUAUAUGUGCAACGAUAUCAAUCACGUCAAUAUACACGAGUAGUGUUUUAUCACGCGUUACCUUAUCAUUAUUAUCAAUAUAUAUUUUAUUAAUAUCAUCAUUAUUAUACGAUAUAUAGGAAUAAUCGUAGCAAUAAUCGUCUUCGAAUUGUGACAAGUGUUGCUUGAUAUAAUUAAAACAAGUGUGAAAGAGAAGGAAAGAAGGAAAGAAGAAAACAAAUGAUGGCACCGCAUACGAGUUAUGCACCCGUCACCGGCAUGGAGUAUGAGGAACCAGUGUCAAGGACCUAUCAAUACCGCAAGGUCAUGAAGCCGAUGCUUGAGAGGAAAAGAAGGGCACGUAUCAAUCGUUGCUUAGACGAAUUAAAGGAUCUCAUGGUUACGGCCCUUCAAGCCGAAGGAGAAAACGUGGCGAAAUUGGAGAAAGCUGAUAUCCUUGAGUUGACAGUUCGUCAUCUUCAUACGCUUAGGGCGGCACGUAGAUUAACUCUAACGCCUGAAAACAGUUAUGCGGAUAGAUUCCGUGAGGGAUUUACCCAGUGUGCUCAAGAGGUGUCCACGUUCCUUUCAACGCCAGUUGCCGCUGCCGUUCAUCCGGCCGCUGGUGCUCAGCUUAUGAGGCACCUUGGCGGUUGUCUUCGAAGAUUGGAAGGUUCGUCCUCCGCUAGCUCUUCAGUUUCCUCUAACUCGCCGGUUCCAAGUACCAGCAAGGGUUUUAACGAAUCUAUAACGUCGACGAUGUCUACGGCGACCUCGACGACAACGACAACAACGACUACGAUGAUGACCGUCGGUGUACCACAAAACGUCUACACGCCGCCGCAAAGUCCCCUUAGCGUUGCCAGCUCAUCCGGGGAAUCCUCCGAAUCUUCUGGUCCCGUUUGGAGACCUUGGUGAUCAUCUAAAUUUGGUGGUCUAAUACAACCUAGAUCACAAUGAUAAGAAUAUUAGUGGACUUCGUGCGUGACGAAUUUUUUCUCAUCAUUAUGGACGAUAAUUGUAAUCGAUAUUUCUCCUUUCUAUGGACGAUUUAUUGUAAUCGAAGGAGAAAAACGACGAAUCAUUGUCUUCCAAAUAUUAUUAUGACAUCGAACGUACAAUUUUAGUAUGUUAUAAGGGCAUACGCAUAUCGUUUGAUUCAAUCCCAAACUUUUUAUCACUAUUUCCUUAACUUUAUGUCUCCUUAUAUCACGAUCGAUAGAUAGAUUUGCUUUUCUUCCGUAAUAUAAAUAAGUGAUAAAGCUUUAAUGUGACGUCUGUGAUAAGGGUUCCAUUUUGUACCUGAGAUAUAACUAUUUUUGAGGCAAAGUAUAUCGAUUAUUAUA